UUUAAAAAACGAAUAAUUAGGAAAAGAAGAAAAAGAUCUCAAUGCCUGCGCAUUUAAUGUAUGAUAUGGCCAAGAUGAUAGCCUGUUUGCGCACUUCUCAACCGCUGCCCAGAGGCUUGGUGUCUACUCGGCCAAGGACUAUGCUGAUAUUCUGGAGUUUCUUGUUGAACGGUGGGACGUUGAGACUUUGUCAGGCCUUUCUAGUGAAGGACACAAGGCUCAGGACUUUGUCUGUGGAUUACCUGCAAGAAUCCGCAAAAUUGAAGAGAGAGCUCAAGGAAGCAGCCAAAAACGUACCAUUCAGCUGGAUUUUUGGUCGAUGACGUUCAAAUAAUCCCCGAGUAAGCCAUAAAAACAUCUUCACCGAUGACGUUCCAGUCUUAAGACCACGAAAGUUCAUUUGAAUAUGUUUUUGUUUUAUACGGAACACUGUAGAUAAAAGUUAUGUUUCUUGUUUUGAGUUAGUCGAAGACCAUAAAAUGGUGUUUUGAGUGUUCCUAGUGAUAAUGUCUGGUUACCAAGAACAAAGACUUUACGAGUUUGCUUUUCUAUUUUUGUUGUAUCAGUAGUACUUAAUAAGCAAAGAAUGGUUUGUAAUUUAAACCUCUUGUUCAAGUAACAACCAACCAAAAGUGACCGUUUUAACAAAGAUGAAACUUAAAAAGAACGUUUUAAUACAAUUGAAACAGAGUAAAGUCUUAUUAGAUGAAACCAUAACUGCAAACGCACAAAUCAAAACGUUACUCUCUCACAUUAAAAGAAGAAGAAAGACUAUACUCACGAUCUUGUUAAACUUCAAAGAUCAUGUUCCCAAAGAAACCAACUGAUUCAUCUACCACACAUCAACAUAACUUCGACGAGUCUCGAUGGGUCAUCAACGUCAGAAAAUCUCUCGACGCAGAGCUCGAAGACCACCCUCUCGAACAAGUCACAGUCAGCAUUUUCACCGUCCCUAAAGCACUAAUGUGCACCCAUCGAGACUCAUACACACCUCAGCGAGUCUCCAUCGGACCGUACCACUGUCUCAAACCAGAGCUUCACGAAACAGAGAGGUACAAACUAACGAUCGCUAGAAAAUUUCGAAACAACUCCAAAUCUUUCAGGUUCCACGACCUCGUCGAGAAGCUGCAAUCAUUGGAGAUCAAGAUCAGAGCUUGCUAUCACAAGUACAUAGCGCUGAGCGAGGAGACUCUGCUGUGGAUAAUGGCGAUAGACUCUUCGUUCUUGAUCGAGUUUCUUAAGGUUUAUUACGGUUUCGGAAAGGUCGAGACUUUGAUUAACAGAGUUGGUCAUAACGAGAUUCUUAGAGAUGUGAUGAUGUUAGAGAAUCAAAUCCCGUUGUUCGUUUUGAGGAAAACGCUUGAAGUUCAGCUCGAAUCGACGGAAUCAGCUGAUGCUCUGUUGGUCUCUGUUCUCACGGGACUCUGCAGAGAUCUCUCUCCUCUCGUGAUCAAAUUCGAAAAUGAUCAGAUUCUGAAGGCUCAGAUUCACGAGUAUAACCAUAUCCUAGACUUCUUGUAUCAGAUGAUCGUUCCAAGAAUCGAAGAAGAGGACGAAGAAGAAGAAAACAGAGAAGGCGAAAACAGAGGAUGUAAGCUUCUGAGAGAGAUGAAGCUUAAAUUCAAAAGGGUCUUCGCGUCUAGACCUGCUGAUGUCAUCUUGAGACUUCCCAUGCGAAUCAUAUCAAAUCUUCCAGGAUUCAUCGCUCUGAAUUAUCUCUUCACCAGACAAGAAAACGAAGAAACAUCACCAACGGUCUCUGUUCUCGACAUCGAAAAGCCUCCUCUAGUCUCCGAACUCACAAUCCCAUCGGUCUCCGAACUCCACAAAGCAGGAGUUAAAUUCAAACCAACACAAAACGGCAACGUUUCGACCGUUUCAUUCGACUCAAACUCAGGCCACUUCCACCUCCCUGUGAUAAACCUAGACAUCAACACGGAGACCGUUCUUCGAAACCUCGUGGCCUACGAAGCUUCCAACACUUCGGGAGGACCGUUGGUCUUCACUCGCUACACGGAGCUGAUAAACGGAAUCAUCGAUUCGGAGGAAGACGUUAGGUUGCUUAGAGAGCAAGGCGUUCUAGUGAGCCGUCUCAAGAGCGAUGAAGAAGCUGCGGAGAUGUGGAAUGGUAUGAGCAAAUCUGUGAGGCUGACCAGAGUUGGGUUCUUGGAUAAGACUAUUGAGGAUGUGAACCGGUAUUAUACCGGUCGGUGGAAGGUUAAGAUUGGGAGGUUUGUUGAGGUUUAUGUUUAUGGUUCUUGGAAGAUUUUUGCGUUUUUGGCGGCGGUUUUGUUGUUGAUUUUGGUUUCGUUGCAAGUGCUCUCGUUGGUGUUUAGCUCGUUGAGGCUGCUUGGGUUGAGAACCGGUUAGGUGUAAUUGCAUUUGGGGACGAUGUGACUUGGAUUUGGUUUGGUUUACUGUGGUUCUCUUUUGAUUUGGCCAAACUCGCCAAUUCGAACCAAAAUGUUCGGUUAAUUCAGUUAGGAGUUUGGUUUGAUUCAAUAAGUUUU